AUGACCAAUAUGGAGCGACAGCGGAGACAUCUUUAUGAUACAAGAGUGUGCCAAGUGUGUAAAGGAGGAGAAGAAUCCAUUCUACAUGUUCUCCGAGACUGCCCUGCAAUGAGUGGGAUUUGGACACGAGUGGUGCCACCACAGAGACAACGCGAGUUUUUUAACGCAUCACUACUGAGCUGGUUGUUUGAGAAUCUCGGCCAUGAUGCGGAUAUGGGAGGAUAUCUCUGGUCUACGUUCUUCGCAAUGGCUGCUUGGUGGGGAUGGAAGUGGCGGUGCUAG